AUGUAUCGCCAUCACCAAACAUCCACCUUCCUGACUAUUUCACGCUUUCCUUCCAUAUUUUGCCAUUUCUUUCUUUCAUUUUUUUGGUCUUUGCUUUUUUUUUUUUUUUUAUCUUUCCUUUAUUCAUUUCGUCUUUUCUUUCUUUCUUUUUGUCAAUGCAUUCAAUCUUUUGGUCUUUUCCUUUCAUUCUUUUGUUUUUUUUCCUUUCUUUCUUUUUGUCUUUCCUUUCUUUUUUGUCAUUCCUUUAUUUCUUUCUGCUUUUCCUCUGAUUCCUUUGGUCUUUCCUUCCUUUCUUUUUGUCUUUCCUUUAUUUCUUUUGAUCGUUCAUUUCUUUCCAUCCUUCCUGCAUUUCUUUUUGUCUUUCCAUUCUUUCUUUCUUUCUUUUUUUCUUUCUUUCUUUCUUUCGCCUCUUUUCGUUUGUUUGUUUUUUUUUUACUUUCUGUAGUUCUUUUUUUUUUAAUUUUAUUCCUGACUAUCAUUCAUUUUUUUUUCGUCAUUUUUCCUUACUGUUUGUUUUUCUUUGAGUUCUCUGGGUUUUCUUCCUUUCCCCCUGGCUAUUCGUGCUUACUUUUCCUUUUCAUCAUUUCUUUCUAUUCUUCCUUUCUUCCUUCUUUUUCGUCUGAAUUUCAUUCUUUUUCCCAUUUCCUUAUCUUCUACACCUCUCCCUUUAACCCAUUUUCUUUCCUUUUCUUCAUUUCAUCCUCAUCAUUUUCAUUUCUUUCUUUAAAUACGUCUAACACUUUCAUUCAUCCAUUCCUCCUUUUCUUUCUCCAAUUUUCAUUAUUGUUUUUGUUUUCGUUUUUCUCGUCAUUGUUUCUUUUGUUAUUUCUUUCUUUUCUACAUUCAACCAAAUUCGUUCUUUCUUUCUUAUUUUUUCUCCUACCACCUUCUGUCUUUAUCUACUCAUAUUCUUAUUUCUUCUUUCCUUCUUUUCUUUAUUUUCUGCUUUACAUUUGUAUUCCUUUCUUUCAUCCUUACCACUUUGCUUUUUGCCUGUCACGGAUUUAA